UCUGGAGAGGGGUGUAAAAAUGAUGAAAUGGGCAUAGGCACAGGAAAAAGGAGUAAUGGGCGUAGAGUGGUUGUUGGUCUGCCAUGGUUUGGUCACUGCGGUGGUCGUUGUUUCUUUCCUCUGCGGUCGAUGGCCAAUUUUCGAAGGCACUUUCAUCCAACGCAUACACCAUUUUCUCACUUUCGGUGCUUACGAUUAUUUCCUACGUUUCGUUGGCGCAGUUUUCGGCCAUAAGUGUAUGGAUGCAGUUCUUUCUGUCGAAUAUUACUGCUGCGAUCGUCCCAAUCCUCUUCUACAGAUCAUAUACAUUGUGAUAAUCAGUGUUACCUAUUAUUUCGUUGCCAAGUCUUGCUUUGCCUAUAUCCCCGGAUACUAUAUAAGUGGAAUUCACAGGUACACAAGCUUAUUGGCAGUUGCUGUUGGAAUUCUGCUCUUUCUUUUGACCAGCUUUUCUGAUCCAGGGACCGUAAACGCUGAGAAUGUUUCUAAUUAUAUUUCUGCUUAUCCCUAUGAUAAUAUUAUUUACUCUGAGAAAGAAUGUUCCACUUGCAAAAUUCCAAAACCUGCUAGGUCUAAACACUGCAGCAUUUGUGACCGGUGUGUUGCUCGAUUUGAUCAUCACUGUGGAUGGAUGAACAAUUGCAUUGGGGAGAAAAACACACGGUAUUUCAUGGCAUUUCUAUUAUGGCAUUUCCUUAUAUGCUUGUAUGGAACAGUUGCCAUUGGCUUGGUUCUUGCUGGAAGACUAAGAGAAUUAAGAGUUGUUGAUAUUCUAACCGUUUAUUAUGGAAUAGAAAAUUCUUUUCUGGAUUUAGCUCCUAAUAUUGUGCAGUGGUUGUUGGGUUCUUACAACACUCAGAUACUUCUUAUGGUGUUCCUUGCAAUCAUUGGGAUGCUGUUAGCUGGUUUCUUUGGUUACCAUACAAAGCUUUGCAUUACCAAUACUACCACUAAUGAGACUUUUAAGUGGCAAGACUACAUUGAGUGGCAAAGGAAGCUAAGAGAAGCAAAGGUGAGCGCUGAAGCCCUAAAGCAAAGUAUCGAUGGAAUUCACAGUGAAAAACAGCCCUCAUCGAGCAAAUGGAGAGCCUUUUUUAAAAAAUCACCUCUAGAAGAUGUGGUAGUUGUUAAGAAUAACGUUUACGAUAAAGGCUUCUUCCACAAUAUUCAGGAGGUUAUUUCCCCUUUCUCUGCAAGGUGGUCCUUUACACAAAACAAAUUGAAGUCCAGAUGAGUAUGAUUAUAACUGACGUGUCUUUGAAGAGCUUUGUGGGCUAGUUGCACAUAUAUUGAGUGGAUAGUAUGUGUAUGCAUUUAUUUAGAUUACCCAAUAAAUAUUUUGAAAACCAGAAAUAUGUUAUAUUAAAUGCAAUUAUCUGUUAGAGUUCUAGACUAGGUGUAGACUGAAUUGAUUGGCUGUACUUGAUAACUCUGCUGCUUUUUUGGUUGUGUUGUACUAUUUGUUUCUAGCAAAAGCAGAAAGAUAUCUGUGUACUCACUGCACAUUUUUUUUUUGUGACACUGCUCUUUGUUAAUUUA